GCCCAGCCAGAGCAAGCUCUGGGGCCAGAUCUACUGAGCCCAACUUGCACAUGCACCCACACCUCCCCAAUUGCCCGUCCCUACGCUGAGCUUGCCCUUUCUGAAGCCAUCAUGUCUGUGACCAAGAGUGCUGGGAGUCCCCAGGUAGCCGCCACUGUCAAGCUGGACCUUGUGUCAUCUCCUGAGAGUACCAAGAAGAUGCAGAGCCAGGAUCCCAGUGUCGCGAAUGAGAACUCUUCAGAGUCAUCGAAGAAGACCAAGGGCAUAACUGGGUUCCAGACAUUGGUUCAUCUGGUCAAAGGCAACAUGGGCACGGGGAUCCUGGGACUCCCCCUGGCUGUGAAGAACGCAGGCAUCUUGAUGGGCCCGCUCAGUUUGCUGGUGAUGGGCCUCAUUGCCUGCCACUGUAUGCACAUCCUGGUCAGGUGUGCCCAGCGCUUCUGUCACAGACUCAACAAGCCCUUCAUGGACUAUGGGGACACAGUGAUGCACGGACUGGAAGCCAGUCCCAAUGUCUGGCUGCGGAACCACGCCCACUGGGGGAGGUACAUCGUGAGUUUCUUCCUCAUUGUCACACAGCUGGGCUUCUGCUGUGUGUACAUUGUGUUUCUGGCAGACAAUUUAAAACAGGUAGUAGAAGCUGUUAAUGGCACAACCUUCAGCUGCUGCAACAAUGAGACUGUAGCUCUGAUGCCCACCAUGGACUCACGACUCUACAUGCUCACCUUCCUGCCCGUUCUGGGGCUUCUGGUCUUUAUUCGGAACCUCCGUGUCCUUACCAUCUUCUCCCUGUUGGCCAACAUCAGCAUGCUGGUCAGCCUAAUCAUCAUUGCCCAGUACAUCAUCCAGGGAAUUCCAGACCCUAGCCAGUUGCCACUGGUAGCAAGCUGGAAGACCUACCCUCUCUUCUUUGGAACAGCCAUUUUUUCAUUUGAAAGCAUCGGCGUGGUCCUGCCUCUGGAAAACAAGAUGAAGGAUGCCCGCCGCUUCCCAACCAUCCUGUCUCUGGGGAUGUCCAUCAUCACCACCCUGUACAUUGCCAUCGGGGCCUUAGGCUACCUGCGGUUUGGAGAUGACAUCAAAGCCAGCAUCACUCUUAACCUACCCAACUGCUGGCUGUACCAGUCAGUCAAGCUCCUGUAUGUUGUCGGCAUCCUGUGCACCUACGCCCUGCAGUUCUAUGUCCCUGCCGAAAUCAUCAUCCCCCUCGCUGUCUCCCAGGUGUCAAAGCGCUGGGCACUGCCCGUGGACCUGUCCAUCCGUCUCGCCAUGGUCUGUCUCACAUGCAUGCUGGCCAUCCUCAUCCCGCGCCUGGACCUGGUCCUCUCCCUGGUGGGCUCUGUGAGCAGCAGCGCUCUGGCCCUCAUCAUCCCGCCCCUGCUGGAGGUGACCACCUACUACUCGGAGGGCUUGAGCCCCCUGACCAUCACCAAGGAUGCCUUCAUCAGCAUCUUGGGCUUCGUGGGCUUCGUGGUGGGGACCUACCAGGCCUUGGAUGAGCUGAUUGAGUCUGGGAACUCUCUCCCCUUGUCCAACUCCACCAUGUUUAUUCAGUGACAGAGCUUCCCCUCACUCACGGUGACUUACAUAGUUUCACUUCACCUUUUCUCUGGUGCAAGACGUUGGUCAUUCUCUAGUUUUCCACACAGUGGGGAGCUUUAGAUCCCACCCUCAUUUUUUGGUCAUUUCGUACUUUGAGUGGAGCUAUACAAAAAGCAGCCACUAGGGGGCGGCAAGGGCCAGUUUUUGGCAGAAGGUGUUCUGCCUGCUCAUUCUUUGGUAAACAGAUCACAUCCUUUUCCUGUGGGUGCAAGACAAGGGGACCUAGGUGAGUCACAAUGCUCAGGUAAAGAGUCACCAUCAGUGUUACAGAUAAGGGCGUGAACUUUCUAAGUCCCUAAAGUUUUUGCCCAACUCAGAAAUCCAUCAGUGAAUAAGAAAAAAGCAGGGCCAAGCCAAUGAGCCAAGGGCAGGAGGCAGCAGACACAGACAUCACUGGAGGAGGCUAUUUCUGAAUUCUUGCAAUGAACAUCCUCGAUUACCUACUGGACACCAGACAUAAUACCCAGUUCUUACAUGAUAGUCUGGGUAAAAGUGUUAUAAAUACCCUGUGGCAAUGUGAUGGUGCAGCUCCAGCUACCAAAUGGAGGAGUCUACAUGUUACCCUUUGAGUCUUGACCUUGUAACUUGCUUUGGCCAACAGUAAAUGUAAAUGUGAUAUAAAUGGAGAUUUGAUGACGGCUUCUACCCUGAGGCUGCCAUCUCUUUCUGCCCCGUG